AAAAAGCUAUCUACUGGAACUCUUUCCACUGUUUUUGCCAUUCAGGUGGUUAUUUGGAGAUACCAUUUUCUGUAAAUCUCUAACAGCAUGGGGGGAAAGUACACUUCCAGGCCGGUUCAUUACAGCUCUAGUUGUGUUAAGCCUCCUAAUUAUUGCCCUAACAGUGGCUGUAGACAUUUUCUUAGUAAAUUUUGAUAGCUUUUUUUUUUUUUUUUUUUUUUACAACACACUGCUGUCUCAUUUAAUUAAUGUAUUCUCUAAUCUUACCCAUGUUAAUGAUGAGUGACUGAGGGAAUUUGGCCUCUGUGUCAUCUCAUAUUUACACUGCAGUGAAACAGGAAGUCAUAGAUGUCCUCUUAGGAGUUCCAAAUCACUCACAUAAAAAAAGAAGUAAAAUAUGAAUGGGAACAGUUACUAUUUGCUCAGAUACAUUUCUAGGGGUGGCAAUGAUCAUGGCAUGUGUGAUUUCAUUAAAAAUAUAUGUGUGUUUGAAGAGUUUUUAUUUUUUUGAAAUGAUUUUACUUUAUUAAAGGUUUGAUUUCUGUCAUACUUUCAGUUUGUAAGAUCACUGACCCAAGGUUGCCAAUAAUUCUGGAGUUUAUUGUAAAACAGCGAUGAUAGGAAUAUAAAUCUUAUAGUAUAAUAUACAGUAUAUUAUAAGGUCUAUGUAUACAUAGGUCUAUAUGUGCACCAUUAUGUCACCAAAAUAACGCAAUGUGUGUUAGUGGUGCGUAAUUUCAGGGAACCACUUUCCCAAGCUCAGUAUCUAAACAAAGUGCAUUGCAGGCGAAGUCAUAGGGCUCAUAUCUGCUACAAUGAAGCUUUAAAAGGAGUUAUUUCCGACAGACAGCUUUAUCACUGAAGGUGUUGGAAUGCAGCCUCUAAUUCCUCACAUAACUUUAGUGAGUCAGACUUUAAAGUAUAAAAGAGCCCCAUCUCCCAGCUUAGAGCUAUGAAACACAGACAACGGACACAGCUUAAAAAGACUAAGGAAUCGAGUCAUAUUCAAGCACGCAGUUCUUAAAGAAAACAGACAACAUGUCACCAUAUUUCAUUCCAUCUGUUAGCUUUCUACUGCUUGUAAGUUUGAUGAUCACAAAUGCACUUCCGCUACAAAGCGCGGCCUUGACCAGUGAAGACCUGGACGUCUUGAAGCUUCUGCUCAGCCAACUGGAAGAAUCAGUUCCCGCUCAAACGCUGGAACCAGAAGAGGAAGAAGCGGUGGUUGAGGAAAAGGAAGUUGUACCUCAGCCUGAGGUGCUUGCGAGAAACUUCCUCUCUGCUCGGGACCUGAAGACAGUUCGCCAGGACUCCAGUUCCAAGAAGUAUUCGGGUUGUUUUGGCCGCCGGUUGGACCGGAUUGGCUCCAUGUCCACUCUGGGCUGCAACACUGUUGGACGCCACAGUCUAAAGAGGAAAUGAAGUCUUAAGCAGAACGGUUACAUCAUUGUCUGUGAUGAUGCCAGAGUGAAUUUUUAAAUGUCCAUUUAUUUAUUAGAAUAUUUAUUGAUCUGCCUUCAUAUAAAUUUAUAUUUAUAUGCAUUCUUUAUUUAUGCUCAAUAGUCAGUUGUAUAUCUAAAUGAAAUAUUCAAUAAAAUGAUUUUGA